CUGCAUAAUUCUUUAGAAAUAUAAAAAGUUUGUUACAUUUUCAACUUUAAAAUAAACAUUACAGAAAACUCUUAGAAUAUUUGUUUUACUUAUCUGUUUCGACAAUAUAUUGAUGCAGGUUGUAAAAGUACCAUGUUACGUUUUGAACGUCAAGAUUGUCAGGGGUCACGUGACAAAAGGACGCUGGUCAGAUAUGAUGGAUACUCCGGACACGUACGUUAAGCUAAAAGUCAGAAGAGCUCCAAAUCCUAAGAGACAAACCAAAUCUUGCGAGAAUAAAAACGAACCGAUCUGGAACGAGACUUUCAAAUUCUUCCUCAAAUACGUUGAAGGAAACAAUAUGGAAUUAACUUUAAUGGACUCGGAUUACAUAUCUGAUGAUAUUCUCUCCACUCAGAUGAUUAAGAUACCUAAUUUAAAUGAUUUGAUUGAACGCAAACAAGAGAUGACCAUUAACUUCAAUGAGAGUUCGAAAAUUGACAUAGAGAUGUGGGCAGAAUACAACACCUCGGACCUUGAUAUAUACUGCGGACAAGAACUAUGCGAAGAAGAAAAGACCUUUCUGGAAAAAAGGAAAGAAAGAGCUUAUCGAGUGAUGCAAGAAAUGUUAGGAAAAGACGCUCCAAAAACACCAAACGAGGUUCCAACAAUAGCUGUAAUGGGAUCUGGUGGUGGUUUCCGUGCAAUGACAGCAUAUUCUGGAGCAAUGGGUGCCCUGGUGGACUCUAAAAUUGCAGAUAUGGUUAUGUAUAACUUGGGUCUCUCCGGCUCAGCUUGGUACCUUUCGACUCUCUACUCCCAUCCUGACUAUCCUAAGAAAUCUCCACGUGAGCUUCGCAAAGAGCUAGGUGACAGUAUUGAAUCCAGUCCUAGGUGGAUCGUGUUUAAUCCUUUGAAUUGGAUAAAGUGUAUGUCAGACGUGAGAUCGGCAAAGGCAAGUGGGCAACCUUUCAGCUUCACGGAUGUCUACGGUUUUAUGGUCGGCGAGGCACUCCUCAGAGGAAGAAUGGAUUCGAAACUGACAGAUCAGAGAGAAACGUUAAAGGAUGGAUUGGUUCCUAUACCUUUGUACGCAGGUGUUCACGUAAAAACUACGACAUCGGCUAAGGUCUUUCACGAAUGGGUAGAGUUCAGUCCUUUCCUUAUAGGCAUGUCAAAGUAUAGCACAUUUAUGCGACCAGAAUUGUUUGGAAGCAAAUUCUUCCAAGGGCGGCUAAUAACAAAAUACGAUGAGUCACCACUGCAUUUUUUCCAAGGUCUUUGGGGGAGUGCACAUUGUAUUUUGGCCAAUCGUUUUGUUGGCAUAAGCCCAGAGGACAAUAAAGAUGAGGAACGAGAAGAACUUGAUAAAGAAUUAGCUGAAGAACUAGCAACACUUGCCGAAAAUGAUGAUGAAAGUAGAGACGAUGAAGAGAGUACCAACGCUAUAGAUGAAAAGAAAGCGGAGAAAGACAAGGAAAAGCAAAAAAGUAUUUUCAAAAUAUUUUAUGAUUUCUUUGGUAUUGAUUCACUUGUAAACAAUAUCCAAGGAAGGGCAGCAGUUGUGUUUAACUACAUGCGUGGUUUAGUAUUACAAGAAUACCAUCCGAUAGAUGAGUCAAUGGCACUGAUGUUGACUGCGACGCCGAUGUUGACUGCGACGCCGAUGUUGACUGCAACGAGGGGGUUACUGCCGAAGUUCUCAUCAACUGAAACAACCGAGGGGCAGUUUGAUGAAAUAUUUGACAUGUACCCGAUUGAAUACAGAAAGAUGUAUCUAGUGGACGCUGGUCUGGCCUUCAACUCUCCAUAUCCACUUAUACUGCGGCCAGAGCGACAAGUUGAUCUAAUCCUGUCACUUGAAUUCAGCAGUAGAAAAAGUGACAAAGCAAAUCCGCUAGAAAUCCUACUAUCAUAUAAAAUUAAACUUGUGCUGGCCGCCGAGUGGGCAAAACUGAAUAAAUUCCCAUUCCCUGAGAUUGACCCAACGGUGAAAGAUCGGGAAGGAUUCAAGGAAUGUUAUGUGAUUGAAAACCCUGAUUACCCAAAUUGCCCGAUUGUCAUGCAUUUCAUUCUCUACAACAAUCAAUUCAGAAAGUUUAAAUUUCCAGGUAAAGUAGAUCAUUGUAUAUUAACUUAUAAUGGAGUAUUUUUCAUGGCUUAG